AUGUCCCAGCCCGGAACUUCCACGGACACGCUCGACUGCUCCGACCCGGUGUCGCGUGCCGCCAUCAGCGCGGCAGCCGUGUGCGAGGUGCAGGCCGUGGUGGAAUGUUGCUGCGAGGAGUUCUUCAACCUGCGCCGCGUAACGGGCUCCGUGUACGUGUCUGCCAGCACCACAACCCUCCACUUUGGCUGGCUGGAGCGCGUUGGCGGGGAUAUUGUGGCUCCGGGCUCGUGGUCCCAGGCGUCAGCGGUUACCUCAGUCGUGUUUGAGCGCCUCGAGUACAUCGGUGGGGCGCUCACCGUCGCCCACUCCCAGAUCAGCACCAUCGACUUUGCCGGCAUCACCAGCAUUGGCGGGCGCGUGAUGCUUGGGCACAAUGCCCUGACCUCGGUGACGUUUGGACAACUGAAAAGUAUCGGCGGCGAGCUGUACCUCACCUCCAACUCCCUCACGACUAUCAGCUUUGGCAGCUUGACCAGCAUUGGGCGAUCGCUGCUGCUGAGCGCAAACUCCCUGACGAGGCUCGAAUGGGGCUCAUUGCAGAGCAUUGGCCUUUCGCUGUGGGUAGAGCACAACGACCUCACUAGCCUUGACCUGACGGGCCUGUCGUUCAGCUCCUCGCUCAUUGUCAACAACAACAAAAUCACCAGCAUCAACAUGGGCAGCGUCACCCGGUUCAGCUCCUUCAAAGUCACACACAACCUCAUCACCAGCCUGGACUUUGGCGCUGUCACGCGCAUCGGAGGCGAGCUCUUGGCCGACUACAACGCACUCACCAGCAUCAACUUUGGCGCCAUCACCAUCAUCCUCAACAAGCUCGAGCUGGACAACAACGCCCUCACCAGCCUCGACUUUGGCGCCAUCACCAAGGUUGGCCGCGGCAUUUCCAUCUUCAACAACGACAUCACCAGCAUCAACUUCCGCUCCCUUACCAAGAUUGCGGGCGCUCUCUUGGCCUGGAGCAAUGACCUGCCCACGCUGGACUUUGGCAGCAUCACGUUCAUCGACGGCACGCUUGAUCUCUCCAGCAACUCGCUCACCAGCAUCAACUUCCGCGGCAUCACCUCCAUCGAUGGCACGCUCGACCUCGGCCGCAACUCCUUCACGUCCAUCACCUUUGCGGGCCUGACCAGCGUCACCGGUGGCCUCGACCUGAACUCAAACACCAACCUCGUCAGCGUCAACUUUGGCACGCUGACGUCCAUUGGGGAUGACCUGCAGAUCCGCUUCUGCUCGCUCACCAGCAUCGAUCUGAGCGGCGUCAGCAUCGGCAGCUACAUCCGCCUCAACAACAACGACCUCACCAGCAUCAACUUUGGCGCCAUCACCCGCAUUGAGGGCGACCUGUUUCUCUACUACAACGACUUCACCACCAUCAGCUUUGGGUCCCUCACGCACGUGAACGGAGACUUGCUGCUGCACUACAACCAGCUGACCACCAUCGACUUCACCGGCCUGCAGUACAUUGGCGGUGAUGUUGACCUUGACCAGAACAGCCUUGCCAGCAUCGACUUUGGCACCGUCAACAUUGUUGGUGGCGUGGAGAUGUCAGGCAACAACCUUGCCUCGAUUGACUGCGCAACCAUGACCAUUGGCGGCUGCUUCUGCGCCGAAUCCACAGUGUCGCAAUCGCUCUGCAGCACCGUCUGCUGGGCUUGCUGA